CCAGUGGAGGAGGUAAAUUACAACAUUUAUGUCGCGUGACAGUCGUUAUUGAGUAUUAUCAUCAGUAAUUUAUAAAUAAAAUGAAAUAAUAACAAUAUAACAAAUUUGUUUUAAUCAAAUAGGGAAACUCAAAGUACGUAAUUUGAAAUAAACUAAUAGAAUAACCGGGCAUAUGUUAAGGCGGCGGCGGUUCGGGCGUAGAUUUCCUGUCACGGAAAUGGCGGCAAAGACAAAGGGUACCGCGAUGAUAAGGGGCAAGGGGUGAAGACAUCAGAGGCUCGAGGCUCUGGUUGUAUUCGCGGGAGUUCGCGGGGACGGAAGGAGGCGGACGCGGGUACACACCAGUCACUAGUCAGUAGCGACGCUGCGCCCUCACUCUCUGGGUGUCUCUGGCAGUGUCGGAGGGAGUAAACACACACUCAACAUACUGACAUACGUGUGUGUAAUCGACAAUAGCUGGCAGCCACACUAGAGUUGGUGGGACGGUGGGUAUUCUCCAUCAUUCUCCACACGUCAUACACAUGUUUUACCCAGUGUACGUGUAUUUGCUCAAGUAGUUGUGGAUGUGAGGAUCGGCUGUGGCUCGUCGUUGGGUUCCUCGCCGCCAUGCCAGUGGUUAGUGUAGUGAACCAAACGUCAUGAUGUGGCAAUACGUUAGCGCAAGUUAAAAAAAGUAGGUGUCUAAAUGAGAAGACACCGCGCGAAGAUACCGGCGAACUAAAAUAAUCAUGUCCACAUAACCCGUUCGAUAAGCUCUCCUCAAGUUGAGCGAGUGAUUUAAUAUUUAAACUUACGAGCCCACGACCAUCACACCGCCGAUACGACGGACGACCUGAGUGCCGCUGCUGAGUCGCGCGCGCGACCGAGGGACACACAGAGGGGGGGAAAGACGAGGGAAAUUUACUGACUAAAAAUAUAUUAUUAAUAAUUAAAUAAAUACAGACAUAUACAUAUAAAUAUAUUUAUUUAUCUAAUAUAUAAUAUAUCAUAUAUAUAUUUAUAUAUUUUGUUAUUGGUAUAGUAAGUAACUAAGUAGUGAUGAUGAAAAAGAUGCCGCGCAAAACAACAUCAACGUUCAAGCCUUGAUGCCUGGUUAAUAUAUAUAUGUUAUAUAUAUUAUUACGUUCGUGUGAAAGACGCGGGUGUGGAAGAAGACACUGCCCGGACUCUAUAUGACGACUUGGACCCCGCGUCCUGAGGGUUUAAGAGAGCGAACACACGAGUCCCUGUUCCUGGGACACAUCAUCCACACGAUGUUUGACCCAAGUGUGCUGACGGAACUUGAGGAAUUGACGUUAUGUGGUUACUGCAAGCAAAAGUACAAUGACGUGGAGCUGUGUCCAAAAAAUUUAAGCUGCAAGCACCAGUUUUGCUUGAGAUGUAUCGAAAAUAAUUUAUUGAAAGGCCGAGAUUUGUUCUGCGCACACUGUUGGAAGAGAACAGAGCUUGGAGAUCAAGGACCAGAUUGUCUGCCAACCAAUGGUCCACUACUUGCCCUAGCCAAUAACUUUGCCUACCUCAAAAUCGCCAGUAACAAUACGCCUUGCAAGCAGAAUGACAAGGAACGAAAGAGUGAGAAUUGCCACACUCAUGGGAUGCCCCUUACUCUGUGGUGCUCAUCGUGCUGCACACUGCUGUGUCGAGCUUGUGCUACACCCCAUGAACAUCCUGGUCACCAAAUAAAGACGCAAACAGAUGCCAAAGAACAGCUCAUAUCCGACGUUCAACUUGAACUCGUUACGAUGGGAAAAUUAUCCUCGGAGAUCCAGAGAAUGGCCAUGCAGCAGAGAGAAUUUUUGAUAAAAGUUCUCGAAGCUUGCGUGACACUCAAGACACAUGUAGAGACUGAUUUACAGAACGGAUGGACACAUUUUCCAGAGAUAUCUGACGCACGUGAAACACUGGGGAAAGCUAAAGCUAGUCUUCAGGUGAGUGACAGUCCCAAUGAUGUUUACAGUCUUCAUUCCCACUUAGUUAUGGAAAAACAGAGGCUACAAUCAAAGUAUCAAGAGAUGUUGCUGCAAUGCCAGUUGGAUGACCUGAUAGGCAAUUCGGGAGUUAUAUUUGACUUUGGUCUGCUGAAACAAGCGCUCGCUAGCAUCCAUUCCGGGGAACCAAUUUUAUUACAGCCUGCUGGAAAUGGUAGAGUACAAAACCACAUUGCCGCGGCUCAAAAUCCCAUACUCUUCCUUGCAAACUACUGCAUGUCUCAGCUUUAUUCCCGUCAUGUUGUCAGCAAACAGCAUAUGCAAAAUGGUUCUAUCGAUUACCAUACAAACAUGAUACCAACUCCAGCACCACCGGGAUCAAUUCAUGUUCAUCCAGUUACAUUGCCACCUCAGGCCCCACCAGCCCAAACCCAGCUGCUUAUUCCACCAGGAUCUCCAUCAGUUAAAUCAGUACAAACAGCUCCGCCAAAUUCAAUUCUCCAAUCACAGCCACCCAACGCUUUUAUGCAAGACAAUGGCUCCAGUGGCAGUGGAGUUGGCAGUUUAUCUGUUCACUCGCCGACAAGCAACAGCAGUAUCACUGUUUCGCUUCGUGGACCUGCUAAUCCCUAUCCAAUGUAUUACUUCAACAUUGAGGUAAAUGGAUCACCACACGGGCGUAUUGUGAUCGAAGUAAGACCCGACGCGGCUCCCAAAAUGGCGAAAAAUUUCAGCGUACUUGCGACCGGUGAAAUUGGUGUUGGUUACAAAGGAUGCUCGAUAUUUCAAUGCUGGGAAGGCGAAUCUGUUAUCACCGGUGAUUUUGAACUAAACAACGGCCGCGGAGGACGUAGUAUUUAUGAGGAUGGUUACUUUAUGCCCGACGAUACUAAAUUUCCAGCAGUACGAGGCGCAGUCGGUAUGCGCCGUACUCAAAAACGUCAUGAUAAUCUUGGGAUGGUUGGUUCACAAUUUCGUAUCAUUCUACAAGAAAUGCGCGGCUUUACCGGGAUAUUUGGUCACGUUGUUGAGGGUCUGGAACUCGUCGAAAAAAUAUCAACGUACGGUGAUCAAACCGGCAAGCCCACGAAAACAAUAAUGAUUACCAAGUGCGGUAAGUUGUAACGCACCGAUAAUCCAAUUAUGUGUGAUUUUAAAAAAUGCAAUUUCGACGAUCUCUAUGCGCUUUCAUCGUUCAAAAUUAUUAAAGAAUAAUUAUUAACAUUAUUAUCAUAAUAAUGUGCGAAAAAAAAACUAAUCUAUUAUUAUUAUUAUGACAACUACUAUUAUUAUUAAUUAUCAUAAUGAAUCAUGGGAAACUAUUAUUAUUAUUAUUAUUAUUAUUAUUAUUAUUAUUAUUAUUAUUAUUAUUAUUAUUAUUAUUAUUAUUACUGAUGAAAAAAAAAUAUGACCAUCGUUAUACGUAGGCUGCACCUGUUGCGUUUUACGGUGCACCGUUAAGUUUACUGCAAUUAUUUUUAUUAUUAUUAUUAUAUAUAUUUACUAUACAAAAUAGAGAUUUAAAAGAUGUUGAAUCUAUUUUUAAAGAGCGAGUAAUAAAAAAAUGAAAUAAUGAUGUUAAUACUGAUAAAUAAAUCCGUAUUUUGCUAUGUAUGACUACUAGUAGUGGGAAGAUAUAAAGAAAAAAAAAAUAUGUUGUAGAGAUAAAGAUAUAGUUUAAAGGGCAUCAACAGAAUGCCGUUUCUACAAUAGAGACGAUGGUUCCACACAUACGUACCUCAUAUCGAUCGUACAAUCGAUACUAAAAACUUCUAGCUAUAUUUAAUAAUUAUAAAUAAUAAAAGUCUUUAUUUUCAACAACGCUCGUCGUUUGUAAUCAUUCAUUUUCUUUCCUUACAUUAAUGGAUAUAAAUAUAUAUAUAUUAUUAUAUUAUAUAUGUUAUAUAUAAUUACUACCGACACGAAUCUUUAGAUUUUUUAAAGGAAAAAUAAACGCGAUCAAGCGGAUCUUAGUUUUGACGACAUAUUUAGUAAUAACUAAUUAAUAAAAUUAAUCACGUGUGGAGCAACACAAAUUAUAUUAAUAGAUAUAUAUAUAAAUAAGAAAAUAUAUAUUUUUAGUCAAAGAUUUGUGUGUUUAUGUAUGAUGGCAAAGUUAUGGGAUUGCUAUUGAUGCGUACAAAUAAUGCGAAAAAAAAAUUGUGUGAUUUUAGCGACUGCAUUUGCUAGGAUUUUUAGAGAAAUAAAAUGCUGGUAUAUAAUUAUGAUAAUAAUAAUAAUAAAUUAGACAGACAGACGACGUCUUCCUUCUUUUCGUUCGUUGACGAUAAGAAUGAGGAUUGGGUUCGUAAUAUGUUUACUAUUGUAAUAAAUAAAUAUACUUAGAUAUUAAUUGUGUGAAUAUUAAAUACGAGGCCUAACUACUGCGUAGAACGCAAGGGCGUCUCGUACCUUCCAAUCGAUCAUUAAAAAAGUAAAAUCAAUAAAUAAA